AUGACCUUCGAAUACACUCUUCCCGACGAGUGGACAGAAUUUGAUUCGGAUGCAGUGACUUCCGAGAAGGACUUCUUGUUGAACGUCUACGCACAGCACAUCAAGGUAGCCGACCACUUCCGAGAGUUCCAGGACGUUUAUGUCCUCGAAUGUGCUCUGAACGAUCGACCAAAACCCACUCGUGCACAGAAGCCCAAGAACAGUUCCAGUGUCAGCAAGGCUCGUCGCGUGCGCGAUAGCUCCUACACCGGCAUCAGUGGCAGUCGCAGGCGCCCCCUCUCUCAAGAUCGCCUUCAAGCCAUGGCAAGUCGCUCAGCUACCCUCGCGCAAUAUGAGCGCCAUUCCGUUCAGCUCAUGUCGAGGGUCCUCAACAUCCGCCCCAAUGCAUCGCCGUUCACACUGGUCCUCGACGAUCUCAAUCAGCGCGCGUUCCCAUUUGUGGAUGAGAUGAUUCGCCGCGCACUGUCACGCAACACCAACAUCGUCGUCGUCACCUUUGAGGCCACACACUACGCUGCCCCUCUUCGAAAAGUUAACGGUCACAAUGCUACCGCCAAAGACAUUAUGCAAGACGUGCGCAAAGCCAUGGACGGUGCGAAGGGGAGCCUUGUCAUCGUCGACUCUCUGAACGAUAUGCUCAACAAACAGGGUGUCGACAUGAGCGAACUGUUCAAUCUUGUGGCAGGAACGUACUCAUCCACCCUCGUCGGCGUCUACCAUUGCGACAUGUUGCCCGCCCAGGAUGCGCGACCCGAGACGGCAUACACACCUGAGCCACUCGAAUUGGUCAAGUACAUGGCCACUGCAGUCAUCACCUGCAAGUCAUUCGCUCACUGCCUCGCCGCCAAGGCUGCCAAAGAGCGUAGUCUGCCAGAGCCCACCCACGGCGUACUUCAAGGAGCUGAGGGUAUCGUCCAAUGUCUUGAUGCCAACGAUAACCGUGGUAUCGUUCUUGAGGCUGAGUUCCGUCGCAAAUCCGGUCGGCCCGAGGGCGAGACAUUCUUCCUCCCCACCUGGAGUGAGGAGCACUACCGUGAGCCCCUGCCCAGCCAGGAGUGUGGCACUCUGAAACAAGAGAUCGUUGUUCUACUGGACAAGGUCCCUGAAUUUGCCGGCCCAAAGGUGGUUGGACAAGUUGAUGCUUCUGGAAACGAGAUCGAGUCUACAUUCAACCUUGGCCUCACCGAUAAGCAGAAGCAAGCCCGUGAAGGCGUUGUACUGCCCUAUUUCGAUGCCCAGAAGGGUGAGGGUGGCGAAGGCGGUCGCAUUCUGUAUGACAUGGGCUCGGAGGAUGACUUUGAUGAUGAAGAAGACGAAUUCUAG